GUUGACGCGAUAAAUUGAACAAGACUGUAAAUGUAGACGAACAAAGAUUAAAACUGCAAGUGUUAAGAAUGACCUACUGACCUAGAAACAAUGCUGCAGAAAACAAGAUGGUAGCCCAGAUUGUGACCUGCCUUCUGCUGCUAUGGCAACCAGAGUUCUCCUUUCCACAGAGAACCAGGAACUACCAGUUGGAGGACAGUUGUUUUGUGGAUCCAGUGACCAUUAGUCUGGAUGAGACGGUCAUCAUUAAGGGGGGAGGGACAGUCAGUCCGAAGCCGAUCGGGAUCCAGUGUAAGAUCACGGUGCGGACCGAGGCCAAGUAUGAGCUGCAGACCCGAGUCCAGUUCUUCAACUGCCGGGAGCCCUCCGUCAUCCUCUCGCUCUAUGCCAACACCAAUAACAUUUAUAACUGUGACAACUACCCCCGCUCUCCUAUGACCAUGACCUUCACCGGUACCCAGGUGAUUGUGGAUCUGAAGAAGGGUGACCCUACAGCCAUGCAGUACUCGUUUGAUAUCAGCAUCACCCCCAGACAGAAGCCGUAUUCACCGGAUACCACGGAGUCAGUGGCGGCCGGACUGAUCGUCGGAAUUGUCUUCGGAAUUUUCUUCUUUCUUGUCGUGGGAGCCAUCAUUAUAGCGUGCUGCUACAGACGAGCCCAGGAACUAAAACGCAUGGCGAUGUACAACAAUUCUAAUGCUACCGCUGGAGGACGCAGCUGGACCAAUGGGGAUAUCAAAUAACUACGAGGCCUACUAAAGAACUGAUAUUUGACCUGAUGAAAAAAUAUUUCUAACAAAUUAUCAAUUUGAACAUUACAUUUCAUAUUUCUGGGGUGAAAAUAUUAAUGAUCGAAGCUAAUAAUAUAUACUAAAAUACACUUUUAGUGGAUAAUAA